CUCAGUACAAGUGCCCUGCACACAGUAAGCACUCAAUAAAGACGAUUGAAUGAACCGGAGAGGGAGGGCAGCAGGCCCACGUUUCUCCAUCUUCAUGGGUGCGAUCCUGGGCCUGACCUCAUUUCAGAAAGGGCGAAGGGCAAGGGGUGCUGCUCAGUUCAGUCUCUCUCUUUUCACCCUGAAGUCUCCGUGGCAAGUCCUUGUGCCAAGGGAUGCUGCAUUUCAGUCGAGGUGAUUUGGGAGAGCUGAACGCUGGAGCCAUGGCAACGUGGUGACCGGGCCAGCCCGUCUGGACAGCGGGCGCGAUGUCCGAAGCAGCCGAGUCGCCACCGCUGCGGGGAGAUGCCCGGCCGGGAGACGGCGGCCCCGAGCCGGCGGGGGGCGGUCCAGACCUGCUGCAGCGGCUGCGCCAGUUGGAGGCAGAGAACUCUGCCCUGGCCCAAGCCAACGAAAACCAGCGUGAGACAUACGAACGCUGUCUGGACGAGGUUGCCAACCAUGUGGUGCAGGCCCUUCUGAACCAGAAGGACCUGCGGGAAGAGUGCGUCAAGCUGAAGAAACGGGUGUUUGAUCUGGAGCGGCAGAACCAGGCUCUGAGCGACCUCUUUCACCACAAACUGCAGCUUGGGCCCGGCCCCCCUCCCCAGCUCCCGCUCCAGCUGCCGCCGGACCCGGUCUCCGCCCCGCCCCCGAAGGCCGUGGACGGCCCGGGCCCCCCGUCGCCCCUAACUCUCCCCACCGGCCAGAAAGAGACGCCCGCGGAGCAGCCGGCACCCCCCGCGGGCCCGCUGGACGCGCUCUCGCCCUUCCUGAAGAAGAAGGCCCGGAUCCUGGAAGAGCUGCGCAAGCUGGAGGAGGCGGACCCCUUGCUGGCAGACCCCCUGCUGGGCCACCCCCCGCCCAGCCCGUGGGGCGACGCCCGCCGCUGGCCCGGGGACCCCCACCCAGGCGCCCCCGACCGUCCGCCCAAGGGCCCGGCCGUGGGAGGGGGCCAGAGGUGGAGGGCAGGCGAGAGUGCCGGUGUCCGCUCCCCGGAGCCGGGCCCCGCCCCCCUGCCCGCGCCCGAGCCCUGGGCCGCCUGCCUCCUCCUGGCCCAGAGCGGCCUGGGGGACCUGCUGCGGUGGACGGGCGGCGCCGCGGGCCGGGCUCGGCCGGUCCCGUCGCCGGGCGGGGACGAAGGGGAGGGGGAGGAGGAGGAGGAAGAGGAAGAGCAGCCGGCCAGCAGCAGCUCCUCCUCCUCCUCCUCCUCUUCCUCUUCCACCUCGUCCUCGUCCCCGGCCUCCUCUUCUCCGUCCUCGUCGGCGGACGAGGCGGCCGAGCCUGGCGAGGCCCCGACGCCGGCCGGCCUGCUCGGGGCGCUGGCCGAGCGGAAGCUGCGGCUGGGGCAGCUGCUGGAGGACACCGAGUCCUACCUCCACACCUUUCUGUGCGACGGCGGCGGCGGGCCGGCGCCCCGGCCCCUCCCCGCGGACCCCGCCCUCACCUACCUCCUGGGCCGGUCCCCCACCCCCGGCCCCGAGGAGGGGGCCCCCGCCUCCAGGGCCAAGGCGGACCGGGGCGCCGGCCCCCUCGAGCCCCCGCACCCUCCCGCCGGGGGCCCCGGCCGGGUGAAAAGCAAACUCCAAACGAGCCCCCCGUCCCCGGGCGACGUCCGGCCGCCCCUGCUCCCCUCUCCCUCCAAGGCCCUCAAGUUCCUGAAGCUGCCGGCCCCGGGGCUGGAGCACGUGCUGCCGGGCCCCCUGCCCGUCCCGCUCCCGGCCCCGGCCCCCUGCCAGAGCCCCUGCCAGGCCCCCGGCCCGGCCCCGCGCCUCAGCCCCCAGCUGCCCCGCGGCUCCAAGAUCCCCUGCCGGAACGGCAGCUCCGAGCUCUUCCACUCCCCGCUCCUCGGCCGCAGGGCCCCGGACGCCGACCUGUCCCCGGAGGGGGCCGGCCCCGCCCCGCCCCCGGCCCCCAGGCUCGCCCGGACACCCGCCGUCUCCCCGGAUCCCCGCAGCCGGUCUGGCCCCGCCCCCUACGAGAACGUCCCGGCCCUGUCUCCGGGUCCCUUUCCCGGUCCCCCGGCCCGGGCCCCGCCCGUCUCCCCCUGCGGCGCGCCCCCCGCCCGCGAGGGGCCCGAGCCGGUCCCCCCGCCCGGCCCCCGCCAGCCGGGCCCCUGCCCUUACCCCUGCGGCGGCCCCGAGGGCCCGGGCGGCGAGCAGGCGGGGCCGGGCUCCCCUCAGCGUGGCGGCCGCGACCCCGCCCCCCACUCCCUCCCCAAGAAGCCGGGGAACGGCACCGGGAGACGCGGCCAGGAACCGGCCCACCUGCCCUUCCGCGAGAGGCUGACGGCGCUGGGCAGGCAGAAAGCCGGGCUGGAGCCCGCGCCGGCCUCCGCCCCCGCCCCCUCCCCCGACAAGCCCGCCGGUGACAGGGCCCGGGCCCCCGGGAGGCCGAGCCCCGGGGACGCCCCCUCCACGUCCCCCCGGGCGGCGCCCCCGGGCAACGGCAGCCUCAAGGUCCCGGACCCCGGCCCCCCGCCGGGCGGCUACUCCUCUCUCACCGCGGACGGCCCCCGCCCGGACUCGGACCCCGCCCCGGCCCGGGGCUGCCCGACCAAAGCGGAGCCGGCCAAGAACCGGCCGACGGGGGCGCCCUGCCCCCCGGCCCCCCCGCCCCCCCGGACUCCCAGCAAGCUCCCGCCGCCGGCCCCCGGCCCCGGCCGAGCCAGCAGGAGCCCCCACGGGAGCCCCACCAAGCUGCCUUCCAAGUCCCCCACCAAGGCGGGGCCCGGCCCGGCGCCCCCGCCCAGGCCCGACGAGACCAAGACCAAGGGGCCCCCGGGGGGCGGGCGCAGGGGUGCCCCCUGCCCAGACUGGCCACCCCAGCCCCCGGCCCAGCCCCCGGGCCGGCCCCCGGCGGGACCUGGGAGCGAGGGCCCGGGCCCGGCGCUGCACUCGGCCAUCGAGGAGAAGGUGAUGAAGGCCAUCGAGGAGAACGUGCUUAGGGGUCAGGGCCGCCCGCCGGGGCCCGAGCCCAAGCCCAAGAACUCCAGCAGCCUGGCCAGCUGGUUCGGCCUCAAAAAGAGCAAGCUGCCCGCGCUGAGCCGGCGGGCGGAGCCCGGCAAGGGCAAGGACGAGCGGCGGGAGGCCGGCGCGGGCCCCGGCGGGGGCGCCGGCUCCCCGCUCAGCAAGGAGGUGAAGCUGGCCGCCCGCAACCUGGAGGCAGAGAGCCUGAACAUCUCCAAGCUCAUGGAGAAGGCAGAGGACCUGCGUCGUGCGCUGGAGGAGGAGAAAGCCUACCUGAGCGGGCACGCGCUGGACAAACCCCGCCCGCCCCGCUCCCGCGCCCACGCGCACGACGUCCUUCUGGAGCAGACCCAGCACCAGCUGACCGUCAUGUACCAGGAGGUGGCCGCCGACGCCUUCAUGCAGCAGCUGCUCAACAGGGUGGACGGGAAGGAACCGCCUUCCGAGAACUGGCGGGAGCCCAAAGUGGACAUCCCCGACGCCAAGGCCCCCUGGUCCCCCCGUGGCCCCCGCAACGGGCUGAUCGGCCCCCCGCGAGCCUGCGAGGAGCCACCCGGCGAGCCGGGCCUGGAGGUGGGGAGCCGAGAGGACGUCCCGUCCGACGACAGCUUGGCCGACUCGGUGCCCUGCCAGCACUUCACAGCCUGCGGCUCCCUGACGCGCACUCUGGACAGCGGCAUCGGGACCUUCCCGCCCCCGGACUACUGCGCCGGGACCCCCGGCAAGAACCCGCCCCGCCUGAAGCCGCGGCCGGAGCCGCCCCCGCCCCCCGGCCCCGGCCCGUUCCCGGCCCCCGCCGGCGCCCGCCCCGCGGCCCUGACCAAGGUCCCGCGCCGCGCCCGCACGCUGGAGCGUGAGGGCGGCCCGGCCGUGGAGGAGCUGCUGGCGGCCGGCCGGGGCCGCAGCGUGCCCGCCUUCCACGCCCUCCUCGCCCAGCCCGAGCCCACCCUCCGGACCCGCGCCCCCAAGGCGGGCGUUGACGAACCGUGCGGGGGUCCGGGCCGUCAGCGGCAGGCCCAACCCUCCAAGAACUGGACCUUUCCCAACGCGCGCGCGGCCGUGAGCGCCGCAGACGCCUUCCUGUGCCCGCAGCACCCGCUGGAAGCCCUGCACGGCGCCCCCACGGCCUCCGCGUCGGAGAGGAGCCGGCUGUCGGAGUCGGGCCGCCUGCUGCCGCCGUCCCCGGGCUCGGGUUCGGGGGGCUGCGGGGGGUCGGGGCAGGGCGGGACCCCCAGGGGCUCGGCCACGGGCUCGGACGGGCCGGGCCGGGAGGACGGGGCGGCGGGGGCGCGGAGCCAGGCCGGGCUGGAGCACUCAGAGUCCCUCAGCGACUCCCUCUACGACAGCCUGUCCUCCUGCGGGAGCCAGGGGUGACCGUCGGGGGACCCCCCGCCCCCUCCACCGCCGGCCGGGCCUGCCGCCGCCGGGCCUGCCGCGGGGCCGGGCCUGCUCCCCGCUGGCAGCUCAGGGACUCAGCCCAGCCCAGCCCCCCACAACUCUACCACAGGGGGUUGGGGGCGAGGACACAAGUUGGUUGUGGUGCUGGACCCCCACCCCUCACCC